CAGGCCGUGCUCUGUGGGUGGGACUCCGCUCGGUGGGCGGAACUAUGGCCUGUGGGAGGAAUUUUGACUGGCUCCUUUCCCCCCGGAACUUCCUGGAUCGUGUGCGUGCAGAUGGCGUCGCUUGGAGUUUGACGUGCUGCACGAGGUUAUCGAAGACAAUGGCCAAGAGCAAACUAAGAGGACAGAGGUCCAGAAAUGUAUUUCAUAUAGCCAGCCAAAAAAACUUUAAGACUAAAAACAAAGCAAAACCGGUUACCACUAAUCUUAAGAAGAUAAACAUUGUGAAUGAUGAAAAAGUUAACAGAGUGAAUAAAGCUUUUGUAGAUAUACAAAAGGAACUUGCACAUUUCUCCAAAGGACUUUCCCUUGAACCUCUGCAGAAACAGCUGAUUCCUCAGCAGUGUCAUGAAAACGAAUCAGUUAAUGUUGAUGAAGCGACAAGAUUGAUGGCUCAAUUGUAAUACACUGGUGAUACAUCAAAUACCCCAAGAAGACCAAUAAAUUAAAUGUUUUAUACA